GGGCACUGGGUAGCGUCGAGCGGUUGUAAACAUGUCUGUUGUUUUUGUGCCAAAGAGACAACGUGGGAAAGCGCAAAUUAACCAAGAAACCAUUCAGAGACUGCUGAAUGAAAACGACCAGCUCGUGAGAUGUAUAGCGGAGUACAUGCAGAAGGGCAGAGCCACUGAAUGUGUACAGUAUCAACAGAUCCUCCACAGAAACAUAGUUUAUCUAGGAACGUUAGCAGAUGCCAGUCCUGAUGUGUCUGCUCCUUGUGAAGGCGCAACUCUCACUGGAACGAAGGACGUCUCUAAAACCUGAUAUAGAGCCGCAUCUGCAGUCUGACUGAACCUUGCAAUAUGUACGGUGUUUGUUUUUUUGUUUUGUUUUUUCUUUUCUUUAGGGCUAGUUACACCUGAGCGCUGUUCCAUCCUUCAUUCUGAUUGGCCAGGUAGUGUUGAUUUAACCUUGCGUAACAGCGGCUUAGACAGAGGACGGGUUUUUGAUCGUCGUUUCUAUCGGAAGGUGGACAAUAACGUUAAAGGGAUUCAAAGACAAGUGGUUAACAUUUGUGGAAGGAGUCUCCAGUGUCAGCGUUUCGUAAUGGUCAGUUUAUCACCGUGGCAACGUCUUCAGAACGCAGGACUAAUGUCGAGAGAUGUUAAAACGGAAUGAUUGUUUAGAGCUGCUGUAAUACAAGCGAGAACUCGUUUCGUGGACGUUCCAGAACAACUAUAAAUGGAUAAAAAGUACACAUUUUGUUUCUUUAGUUCCUUGUUAAGUGUGUAAGAGAAAUAAAUCACUUCAGGAUGUGCCUGGUCAUGGCCUCAGAGCCACUUUUGGUAAAAAAAUAAACUGCUAAUUAAAUUG